AUGGUCUUCUUCACCGACCUCUCCACUGAGAUCAUGCUCAGCAUCUUUACUACACUCAAAAAGGACGUUGAAAGCGGUCCCUAUGACGAACGAUACAAAGUCCUAAACACCCUCUCUCUCGUUUGCAAACGCUUUAAUGACGUCGCCAACUUCGAGAUCUACCGCACAUACACACUCGCUCUUCGACCAGGCAGUCAUCGCGCACUAUACGGUGAGAGACCCAACCGACAUCGUAAGGACUGGGAGGACACGACCUGGGACCCGAAACGCAUCGCUGCACGUCUUCAGCAUUUUAAAGCUGUCGCACACUGCGUUCGACUUCUCAUCAUCAUCGAUCAUGAAGUACGCGAUCCAUGGACCCGAGCGGAUCAAAUGCAUCUAAAGCCACAUGCGUUUCCUGCGGAGGUCAUGCCUGCGAUGAUGGAAGCUUUGGAGCGCGCGACUCGCGUCGUCACGCUCAAAAUCGUGGCCAACAACACUGGCACGACUUACUGGCGAACGCGGUUCCCUCCAGAGCUUUGGAAGUGGAUGCAGACGCAGAAACCGAACGAUGGUAUACACUUCCAUGGCAAUUUCGAAUUUAGCCGGUGUGUCGAGUUGGGGCCUAUCCGUGAUGUUGAGGAAUUGACCGUCAGUUACUACGAUGAGCAUACCGAAUGUCUGCUUCAGCUUGUCCCCGAUGCUCUUUAUUUUACUCUCGAAUUUAUCAAGCCGAUGCCGUUCAAGCUACCUCCUAAUACUUUAUACAUUCAUCUGGUCAUAAUGCAUAUUGCGAAGUUCCCCGACAAUUUCAUCGACCUCAGGUCCUUUCAAAAGGCUCAACUUACGGUUGACUUUCCGAUGACACAUGGCAAGCGAGAAAUUUGGCAAUGGCUCGAUAUCAAGAAACAUCUUCCUCGUGUUAUGGCGGACGAUCUUUCCACCUACGACGUCAAGUAUAACUGGGAGAAAGAGGUCCUUGUGACUCGUCCCUUUCCGAAACCUGAGGGUCCCAGACCAUGGAAACCUGAGAAUCAGGAUCACGCCGAGGAGCCUACUCCCUGGGAGGAAGAAAAGAUCGCCGAGGCCAAGAUGGAAGAUCGCAUAGACGAGGUGCUGGAGUAUAAGAAGUUGCUGGGGCAUUAUCACCCUACGAUUUCGGGUAUACCUCUGAAUUUGCCGGAAAGGUAUGAAAUCCAGCGGGAGUUAGAGGAAGAGGACGAGGGGGCACAGGAAGCUGAAGGGGAACAGGAAGUUGAAGGGGAACAGGAAGUCGAGGGGGAACAAGAAGUCGAGGGGGAGGGGGAUGAUGCGAUGGAUGAGGAAGAUGACUAA